AUGGACACGGCGGCCGUAAGUCAAACUUGCCUUGUCACCGGCCCCUACGAUAUUGUCGACACGAGCGACGACGAGUCCGAGACAACCCCGGACGCGCUGGCUGACGCUCCACGUGUUUCUGGUGUGAAUGGGCUCAGCGGAAGUGUUCAAGUCAAAAUCCUUGAGGCCUCUGAUGAUGGCUCACUUGACGGCAGUGAAGACGACGAGGAAUGGGAUAUCGAAUCUGUUUUCGAAGAGACUCUCGGCGAGAUAGACGACCAAUAUCUCUUCCAGGGUGACCCAAAUGCAUGCACCUACGAUGAGGCUAUUCAAUAUCGAAAUGACCUCCGCACUUUUGGUCCCGAGGAGUUUUGCUCAAGGACUAUUGAAGCAGGAACUAUCACCGCAAAGAAGUUAUUGACCGCAUUUAAUCUUCGGCCUCCUCCGGACAUGGAGGGAUCACCUGACGACGCCUAUUAUCAACUCCUGAGCGUUGGUAUAAGCCGGGAGCUAUCUAAAAGAAUCAAGCUUCCUCAGUACAAUACCAUCGACGACGCGGUUGAUCUCCUAAAGCAGUCGCGCAAUAUCAUCGUCCUCACCGGUGCUGGUAUCUCCACUUCCCUUGGCAUCCCUGACUUCCGAUCUAAAGAUAUUGGUCUUUACUCAAAGCUACAGCAUCUUGGUCUUAGCGAUCCUCAGGAAGUCUUUGAUAUAAGCCUGUUCAGAGAGGAUCCUACCUAUUUUUACUCUGUCGCGAAGGAUAUUAUCCCCGAAGGCGACCGAUUCACCCCGACUCACAAAUUCAUCCACAUGCUCCAGCAAAAGGGAAAGCUUCUUACAAAUUACACUCAAAAUAUCGACAAUCUCGAGAAUAUUGCCGGCAUCUUACCCGAAAAGCUGAUCCAAUGCCAUGGAUCUUUCGCCACCGCUUCAUGCAUUCAAUGCAAAUACCAAGUCGACGGCACCGUAAUUUUCCCCGACAUCAGAGCCAACCGUAUCCCGCGCUGCGAUAAAUGCAUCGCACUCUUACGCGCUCAAAAGGGCGCCAAUGGCAUGAAGCGCAAGCGCUCUGCUAAUGGCCAAGACAAGAAGCGCCGUCGAUUCGACAGCAACAGUGAUUCGGAAGAAGAGGAAGAUUAUGACAUCCCCGAAGCGGGUGUAAUGAAGCCCGACAUUACUUUUUUCGGCGAGCCGCUCCCAACCCGCUUCUCCGAGCGCCUUACAACCCACGAUAAGGACCUCGUUGACCUCGUCAUUGUCAUGGGCACGUCGUUGAAAGUUGCGCCUGUCUCGGACGUCGUGCCGUAUCUCCCUUCUAAUAUCCCACAGAUCUACAUCUCCCGCGACCCAGUCUCGCACGUCAAUUUCGACAUCGAUCUACUGGGCGAUUGCGAUAUCGUGGUAGCAGAACUGUGUCGACGCGCAGGCUGGGAGCUUAAUCACGAGAUGGUGCCCAAGGAUCAGAAGGCGGAUAUCAAGCUACAGGAUGGCUUUACGUCUCGAUACCGCUUCUCUGUUGAAAAUUGA